GAACCUCUCUCCGUUCCUCGAGUGACAGCCGCAGCGUCGGGUCCGGGCCGAAGAGAAAACAAAUAUGAUGGGCGUGGCUUCUGAUGUUGCUAUGAGGAAAGAAGUCAGAAAUGACUGAUGUGGAGCCUGUGGUCACAGAUUUUGCGGCAUCGGGAAGAGCAGGUCGCCGAAAUGCAUUACCAGACAUCCUAGGUUCUUCUGCCGCUGGAGCUGGCACAUCGGAACUGCCACUUAAACUAGCUGAGCUAUCCAUGUCGGAAGAUGAAGGAGCUGAAGGUGGAGAAACCUCAUCCUCUGACGCUGCAAUGGAAAAUCAAGAAGCAGAAGGAAAAGGCAUAGAUUCUUAAUGUCUAAGGAUUGCUUGGUUUAUGAUGAUCACCAACCAAUUUUGCUCCCGACCUGUGCCAGACUCUGACACAAGAUUGGUUUCUGGGUGAGAAGAGAGGCUGCUUAAGGGAUUCUUGAUGUUACCCAGGCCAUCAGAUAGCAAUGUAUCCAUGUACAAAUCACAGUUAGUGACAAUCUGCUGAAUAUCUGUUAAGGUUUUAGAAUUGUUUUCUGUCCUGUAAUGAAAUCAGCUCCACCAUAUUAUUUUGGACUAUGUAAAUAAAUAAGCACAACCAACAAAAACAUCAACUCGAACCCUAUCAGAAGACAAGGAAAAAUGAAUUAAAAAACCUUAUUAAACCUGAUCCAGAGCCAAUAUCCAAAAUGCAUGUAUGGUUCACCAGGGUGCAGUUGAGCAGCCUAUUUACUAAAUUUUUGAAAACAAAUGUACAUCAUGGGAUAUAUCAGUGGUUCUCAACCUGGAGGUCGGGACCCCUUUGGGGGUCAAACAACCCUUUCACAGGGGUCGCCUAAGAUUCUCUGCAUCAGUGUUCUCCAUCUGUAAAAUGGAUAAAUGUUAGGGUUGGAGGUCACCACAACAUGAGGAACUGUAUUAAAGGGUCGCAGCAUUAGGAAGGUUGAGAACCACUGGGACAUAUGAAUCCCAUUCUUAAAGAGGCACCAUAGAAAGAAGUGAAGAGCCCAUGUGGUGUAAUGGUUAAGUGUAGUGGAUUCUUAUCUGGUGAAUGGGGUUUGAUUUCCCACUCCUCUACAUGAAGCGUGCUGGGUGACCCUGGGCUAGUCACAGUCCUCUCAAAACUCUCUGAGCCCCACCUACCUCACAAGGUAUUGUGGGGAAUAGAAGGGAAGGUAAUUGUAAGCUACUUUCAGACUCCCUAAAGGUAUAGGAAAAGCAGGUUAAAAAACCCAACUCUUCUUCUAAAUAUGUUUAAAAGGGCAAAAGGUUAUGGAAUUGUAAGACAUUGUCUUAGUAGUGUUCAGCACUUGUCUGUAGAGUUUCAUAGCUCCGCAGUGGUACAGUAACCAGAUUCCAAAUCAGUAGAGCCUCCCGCACUUUAGAAUAUGAUGAACUGCACUGGAUAAUAGCAGUCCAUUCUGCUGCAUAUGGGCACUUUCUUCUGGAACCUUCCAAUGAUGCAGAAGACUCUUCCACCCUUGAGGAGACUCUGGUCUUAACAGGCCAUUCUUUGCAGCAGUGGAAUGUGCCAGCAGAAAAGAUGGUUAGGAUCCAGCCCAACAUUUGAGGAUACUGGAAAGAUGUCAUAACCAGAAUCUUGUGGGUUUCGAUGACUCUUACAUAACUAUAUCCUGCAAAGAAACCACAGUGGUAAGAGAUGCACUUGCUGGUAAAUAUCUCACCCUAACAAUAGAACUUCACAGACUGUGAGCUGUUAAAUGGGAUGUCUGAAACAGAAAAAAGGCUUUUGGAUUCUCCAAAACUGCACAUUUAUCAUGAUAUUGGCUAGAAAGGCCCUUCUUGAUUGAAUAACAUUUCCUUUAUCCAUUUACCUCCCCAAACAUCAGAGGUUAUUUCCACAGAAUCUGGAAUAUACUGUAUUUGUUCCAGGCUAGGCUGCUUAGUCUUUAAAGGAAAUGGAAUGUAACGUCUGUAACGUCAUAAAGACUUUCUGAAGCUUGGACUCCCACUAGAGAUGUACAGGUGUUCAGAGAAAAAGGAAAAAUGCUCCCCCCCAGCAUCCUUUCAAAAUAUCAGGAUGCACUGAGAUCACCUGGGAGUUUCAAAUUCCUUUGACUGGACUUCCCCUUUCUCAUGUUUGACGUCUUCUGGGCCAAACUGUAUGUUCUUCAGGGAUAGCUGUGAUUAACCUCCCAACUUUUUUUUCAAACUCAAAUGCAACAAGGUGGAGAGAAUGGAGAUGCAACAGAGGAAGCCAGUAUCUAGCCUUCCUCUUAGUACCAUUUUCUCGAUAAAAGUGCCCCCCCCCCAUGCUUUUUACCCCAUAAAAAUGUUAUUUUUCUCUUUGGAGUAAAAUAAAAUUUGGUAAAGUAUUUUGCUAGAGAAAAUUGAGAAGGGGGAAGAUUUCGACAUCCUCUCUCCACCGCCCCAAUACUUCUGCUUUCUUGUAAUUUGACCCUAAAUGAUCUUGAUGUUUUGUUUGUCUAUAAGUUUUUAAUGUAAUCUUGUGGCAUUUGUAAAUCAUUUUAAAUUGGGUUUGUUUCAGCAUAAAAACGAAAUCUCUUUUGCUCAGUUGUGUCCUUUACCUUUCAUGUUUUCACAAGGUCCCCGAACACAAGCUUUCCAUCUGAGUUAGGGUGUGGAGUUAUUGAUUAAUGACUGGUUCUGUUUCAGUCAUCACAGUGAAAGCAUUUCCUUCUUUGUAGAGUAUGCCUGUACCAAAGGUUUGAUCCAUGUUUUAUAAUAAAGGUUGUAUUAUUUAAA